AUGAAGGCUAUGCGCACCCUCAUACCCGCCUUUUUGAUUGCCAGCCGGGCCACAGCGCUGCCUCAAGGUCGCCUCGGAAAGCAACUAAUCCUCGACGCGUCGAGAAAUCCUGCCAACCCUCUCGGAGUCGGGCACUUUAGCGAGUGGAGCCGGGCAACAAAGAAACAGUUCCUAGUCGAUUGGCAAGCUGGCAAAGCGUCAGAAUGGGCAAUCGUACAAGGGAAUGAAGGCGGAGACUUGGACAGCAUGACCGCAGCGCUUACAUGGGCAUACCACCUUGAACACUCGAGUGAGAACACAUCGCAUCCGAUCAAGGCAAUCGCGCUGCUGCAGACACCCUCUCACGCGCUGGACCUGAGACCCGAGAAUAAGCUGGCCUUGGACAAUUCGCAGAUGACUCCAGGGCACGAGGAUUUGCUCACCAUGGACGAGCUGCCAGAGGACCCAGAGACUCUUAGCAAAAAGCUGAGGGGGAUCGUAUUGGUCGAUCACGCUGAGCCUUUACGGAAGUGGAGCCAUGCGAAGAUUCUCAGUAUCUUUGACCACCACAAAGAUCGAGGGACGGCGCCAGACGCUGAGCCUCGCAUCUUCAAAACAACCGCCAGUUGCACGACUAUCGUUGCGAGACAAAUGUUGGAUGAAUUGGAAAGGCUGGAUCAAGAGUACCACAUGCCCCAUGAGUUGCUCGAGCUCAUCCUCAGCGCCAUCGCCAUUGACUCCGGAGGCUUGACAAGCGACAAAACCACCAAAGUCGACAUUGAGACUUCAAAGCGUGUGCUCAAGCGUAGUAACUGGCGCGAUGAUGAUCUCGAAGAGGUCAUGGAAGAACUGGACGACAAACUCACAAAAGCGCAGAAAGACAUCGAUCACCUCGACCUACGUGACCUCCUCCGCCGCGACUGGAAAGGCGACUUGAUCGACACUCCGUCCCCGCGCACACCGACCGUGAGCCUCGGCUUUGCAUCUAUUCCGUACUCCAUGGAUGAGCAGAUUCUGAAAACCGACUUCGCAGAACUCUUCGAUUGGUUUGCAGUACACGCUGCAUGGACAGCAGAAGCCGGCGUGGACAUCUCCAUAUGCCUCAACAAAUACAAGAAGCACUACAAGGAUGGAGAGAAGGAGAAGAUUCGUGAAGUUGUCCUUACCGUACGCGAUGACGUGCGCAUUGACCAAGAUCAAGCCGAUUCGCUAUUCAAUGUGGUUAAAGAAGCGCUGGAGAACAACGACCAGGGUAUUGAUUUGGUACCAUGGCAUCGGGCGGACGAGUUGGCUCCUAGACAGAUGGUGUGGACACAUAAGUCGAAUGCUGGGAGGAAGAUAUUUAGACCUAUCGUGGAAGAAGCGGUCAUGAGCUGGGAUUAA